AAUUACUUGGUGCUUGGUGAUUUCCUUGGACAAUUUUGUUGAUACAUUCAACUGGUGUACACAUUUCAAAACAGAAGAAAAUACCAACAGCAAAGCUAUUAAACAAGCUUUACACCGGUUUUGUACUUUUAAGCGCUGCGAUGUUUUUAUCCAGCCAAUAAAUAUAUUUUUUUAAUUUAUCAAUUUAAUAUACUGAGAACGCCAUGGAUCUACAAACUUCGCAUUUAGCUGCUGCUUUGAUGUCUGGCACAAACUCUUAUGCCAGUAACACAGUACAAGAGACUGCAGUCAAAAGUGCUCCUGAUGAUGUUAAAGCGGAUAAACCUACCGAGAAAGACAGUUUAGAGGAAGAGAAAGAAGAAAUUGGAAGCGGCGAAGAGUUUACAGACGAGGAAUCUGAAACACAACCAGGUAGCAAGUCUACACCUGGUCGAGGUGUGACUCUGCAAAUGUUAUUGGAAGAAAAAAUGUUGGAGCCAGGCAAUGCUGCAAUGACAAUAGAAUAUUUGGGACAAAAAUUUGUAGGUGAUUUACAAUCUGAUGGAAAAAUUAAAUCUCAUGAGACUGAAACUAUAUUUUGCUCUCCAUCCGCUUGGGCAAUACAUUGCAAAAGAAUUAUAAACCCCGACAAAAGGUCUGGUUGUGGCUGGGCAUCAGUCAAGUAUAGAGGAAAGAAACUGGAUACAAUUAAAGCCACUUAUUUGAGGAAGAAACAACUUCAAAGAGAAAACAUGCAUACUGAUGAGGAAACUGAAAUGGAGGUGGAAAAUCCUCCAGAACCGCCACCACAAAGGGUUGUGAUGAAACACAACACAGUACCUAAUAGGAUGAUGCAGCAUGAUGCAAAUAUGCUCAUAGAGGCAGUCUCAUUCUCAUCUGUGGGGAAAGUGCAGCCAUUUUUGGUAUCAGUAAGUUCUAACGCUUGUCUUAUACUUGAUAUACAUUGUCACUUGAAGAAACAGGAAGUUUAUGGAUACCUCGCUGGAACUUGGGACCUUAACAAUCAUAAUGUGAUGAUAACUCAUACAUUCCCUUGCUUAAUAAGCAAAAGUGACCCCAGGCCGCGGGUACUGGUAGAACUAGAGAUCCAGAUGGAAAUUGAGAAGCUUGGUCUCACCCUUCUGGGAUGGUAUCAUUCACACCCGACUAAUCCGGCCAUGCCAAGUCUACGAGACUGCGAUAAUCAGUUGGAAUAUCAAAUAAAGAUGAGAGGACCCUCGGAAAUUUCAUACAUACCGUGCAUUGGAGUCAUCUGUUCCCCUUAUAACCCAGAGAGCCCUGUCUUGGAAUCUUCCCUUACCUGCUUCUGGGUGAUGCCACCGCCGGAACAGCGCCCCACGGAAUACCCGCGACCCUUACUUCUACAGCACAACAUGAUCCACGACACGCACUUGACUCCACAUGCCAUGGAACAGAUCAAAAACAGCAUUAAGUAUUACUUCACAUAUCCCGAUGAGACAUCCGUUAACUUCAAGGAUAACUUCAAACCAGAUAUUACAUAUCUAGACAAGUUAAAGAGUACUUUGAUGCCUAAAUUCCCGCGUGAGCAAAGUGAUGGUCUAUUGUGGCACUUUAUACGUGACGAACUAGGGUGCUCCUCUGAACAUGAUGACAAAAUCGACUUGGAUGCUCUAUUGGCAGUACCUCAGCCUAUUCCUGUAUCAAAACCAAGUCAAGCCACAUCUAUACCGAACUUUCCCUCAGUUAGCACAUUGCAGCAAAUGGUCAGCAGGCCUGCCGGAGUCCCGCCUAUUAACGUGUCUUCAGGUCUCGGAUCGGCUUCUCCCCAUAAAUUUGAAACUCCACCGUUGAACAUUCCCCUUAUGCCGACAUCAUCUAAAUCGUCUAAGUCAAGUACUCCAUCAUUACCGUCAAGUUAUCCAACUGGCUUGGAUAUGUUAACAAGUAUGGCAUUAGGCUUGGGGACAUCUAACAUGCCAAUGCCUUUGGGGGCGGGCAGUUUAGAAAGUCUUGCCGCCGCAAACAGUAUGCUAACAGGGCUCACGCCUGGAAUGUCGUCUAGUUUAGCGGCGAGUCUGACUGGUGGGAAACUUCCAGACCCGCCCUCUUAUGCGGCUUCUUUACACAAUUUAACCAGCAGCAUUGGCAGCUACGAUAAAACUUCUACCAGCACCUCGACCAGUACCACUUCCGCGGCACCCAUACCCGCCAGUAUCGCUUCAAAUCUCAUGAUGAGUUCGGCAGACAUAGCGAAUGCCUUGUUCUCGGCUAGUAAAUAUUCUAGUGCUGGAAUACUAGGUAUACCCGAUCCGAUGUCCAAAUCUACGUUAGCCGCUAACAACAUGUUCUUAUCGCCAUCUUUGAUGAAAAUGCAGGAGUCCCUCAUGAAGCCACUCUCGAGCAGCAGCCCUAUCAGUACUCGAGUAGGUUUAGACCAGAGUCCGCUCAUGAAGUCUCCUCAUGAUUUACUUAAAGGAAACAAAGACUACUUGCCACCAGACUUUGGUAGUAUUGGGAAGGGAAAAUCAGACACCCCACUGGAUCCUAUGAACUUGACUGAGACUACCACGUCUUCAAAAGCAGAAACAUCGAAAGCAGACAAUAUCGAGCAGCAGGCAACAGACUUUAGCUUGCCUUCUAGGGUGGGCGGAGAGUCAUUUUUGAACCAAAUGCUGGAACUGACGAAGAAAACUACAAUGCCUGAUUAUUUAGAUUACAGUCAGCCACUAAAACUGUCCAAGACAGAAGACUUGUCGGCGCCGGCACCGAGCCACUCGUACUCGAGUACAGGAAGCAUCGUGGACACAAUAUCGCAAGUUGCGAUGGGUAAUUACUCGGGUCACGAGGAGCCUAUAGAUUACGGCAAGGAACAAGAUUAUAGCACAACGCAAAGUACGGCUGGCGAAAAUGGAAGUUAAGAAUCUCAUCUUUGCUACCUAUUGCUCUUAUAAGUAUUAUAUUUAGAAAUAAGUACUUUAAUAUAUUGUGUGACUGGUACUAAACGUGCUGGUUUUAAGGCACUGAUGUAAGCUAAGAUAUAUGCUACGUAAGUCGUCGUUCGACGGUUUUUGACGUCGUCCAAGUCGCCAGAACUAUGUCUGCAAUACGGAGGACAGUAAGUUUCGAUACAGAGGAAAGUGAUGCAAAUUCUUGGGCAUCUAUACCCAACUGUACUGUACUCAUGGCGUACGGCGUACAUAUUAAUUUUACCAUCGAACAUUUUACUGUUUCAACGAAUAAUGUUGAGAAUGUGUGACUGUGUGUGUAUGAAUUUUAAUUAAAUAUUGAACGGUUAUGAUACUCGAGGUACUAAAAUGUUCGAAUAUAUGUAAUGGUCUGAAUUUUACUAGUUUGAUGAGCAAUAGUUUGAUGAGAAUAACUAUCCCAUCGAGUGAUGAACGAAGUCUAUUUGAAUGUGGUAUUUGCCAAAUUAGUAUUGUAAUGAAUAAUUUUGCGCGCAGUAUUUAUUAUACACUUAAAUAAAUUAAUA